AUGGAGGGGGGACUUGGAUUCAAAUCCAUGCAAGUUUGGAACAUGGUUGCCAUUGCUAAGCACAUCUGGUUCCUGAUUUCUGUGGGGGAGCAAUCUAUGUGGUGUCAAUGGGUUAAAUCAUAUUUAAUAAAAGGGAAGAAUUUUUGGAAUCUUAAAAUCCCUGGGAGCACAUGGGUUUGCAGGAAAUUAUUGAACCUAAGACCUUUGGUGCAACCAUAUUUUCUUAAUGUACUAGGUGAUGGCCAAUCCACUUCAUUGUGGUAUGAUAAUUGGCAUCCACUUGGUCUUCUAAUUGUAAAAUUCAGCCCCAAGAUUGCCUUUGAUUCUGGAAUUUCUAAGGAUGCUACUGUGUCUCACAUUUUACAAAACUCAAUCUGCUUUUUUCCCAUCACACAAACCCUUGAGCUCAAUGAGGUAAGAGGAACCUUGCCACCUCUUAUCCCCUCAAGAUUGGAGGAGGCAGAUCACAUUAGAUGGACUCUCACUCCUAAUGGUCAGUUCUCAAUUGCGUCACUGAGGGAUAAAUCAAGAACACCCUUCCCAACAACUAGGCUAUCUACUGUUGAUAGGCUGGUGCUGUUUAGCAUGAACCUUUCCCCUCAGUGUAGUUUUUGUCAAGGAAGUGAGAGUCAUGACCACCUUUUCUUUAAUUGUGCAUUCUCACAGCAAGUGUGGAAUACCAUGCUUUCCAAAAUUAGGGUCUCUUGGCACUCUAGAACUUGGCCUAAAUGGGUCACUUUCCUCUCCAGUUUAAAAGGCAAAUCUUUUCAAACUGUUAUUGCAAAGUUGGUCUUUACAACUACUGUUUACCAUUUUUGGAUUGAGAGGAAUAUGAGGAAGUUUCAAGGUAUAUCUCCCUCUUAG